GUCCAAAGCACUCCAAUCUCAGUCACUACUACACUGAACCGCGAGCAGGAGUUUGAGUGGUGACGAAACAAUCACAGAAUUAUCUUUCCUUUAAUGGCUGCCGUUGGAUCAUCGGUGAGGAUUUCUCCUUAUUACAAUCAUAAAAACUGUAAUGCUGGAACUGACGGCGAUUUUUCCCGGCGGCUGUCAUUCUCGUCCGUGUCGUCCAAUGCCUUUGGCGAAAAACUGAUCGCUUCAGUUGCCCAAGGACGACGGCGUCCGGAAAGUCGGAAGCCGUUGAUAGUCUCUCCCAAAGCGGUUUCUGAUUCUCAAAAUUCGCAGACAUGUCUUGACCCUGACGCUAGCCGUAGUGUUUUGGGAAUUAUUCUCGGAGGUGGAGCUGGGACGCGUCUUUACCCUCUUACAAAGAAGAGGGCCAAGCCAGCUGUUCCACUGGGUGCAAAUUAUCGGUUGAUUGAUAUCCCUGUCAGCAAUUGCUUGAAUAGUAACAUCUCUAAGAUCUAUGUUCUUACGCAAUUCAACUCUGCAUCUCUCAAUCGUCAUCUUUCACGGGCAUAUGCAAGCAAUAUGGGUGGUUACAAGAAUGAAGGUUUCGUUGAAGUUCUUGCAGCUCAGCAGAGUCCAGAAAAUCCUAAUUGGUUCCAGGGUACAGCUGAUGCUGUAAGGCAGUACCUAUGGCUGUUCGAGGAGCAUAAUGUUCUUGAAUUCUUGGUUCUUGCUGGAGAUCAUUUGUACAGAAUGGAUUAUGAGAGAUUCAUUCAAGCUCACAGAGAAACAGAUGCUGAUAUAACUGUUGCUGCCUUGCCAAUGGAUGAAAAACGUGCUACUGCAUUUGGUCUCAUGAAGAUCGAUGAAGAAGGGCGCAUCAUUGAAUUUGCAGAAAAACCAAAAGGAGAGCAAUUGAAAGCGAUGAUGGUUGAUACAACUAUUCUGGGUCUUGAUGAUGAGAGAGCCAAAGAGAUGCCUUAUAUUGCCAGCAUGGGUAUAUAUGUCAUAAGCAAAGACGUGAUGAUAAGUCUGCUUAGAGAAACGUUUCCCGGAGCCAACGAUUUUGGAAGUGAAGUAAUUCCAGGUGCAACCUCAUUGGGACUGAGGGUUCAAGCUUAUUUGUAUGAUGGCUACUGGGAAGAUAUUGGUACAAUUGAAGCUUUCUAUAAUGCCAACUUGGGGAUCACAAAGAAACCAGUGCCAGAUUUCAGCUUCUAUGAUCGGUCAGCUCCAAUAUACACCCAACCUCGAUACUUACCUCCUUCCAAGAUGCUAGAUGCGGAUGUCACAGAUAGUGUCAUUGGUGAAGGCUGUGUCAUCAAGAAUUGUAAAAUACAUCACUCCGUAGUUGGACUAAGGUCAUGCAUCUCAGAGGGUGCAAUUAUAGAAGAUUCACUACUCAUGGGAGCGGAUUAUUAUGAGACGGAUGCUGACAGGAGGUUUUUGGCUGCAAAAGGUAGUGUUCCAAUUGGUAUUGGGAAGCACUCUCAUAUCAAGAGAGCAAUAAUUGACAAGAAUGCUCGAAUUGGAGAUGAUGUGAAGAUCAUUAAUGGUGACAAUGUCCAAGAAGCAGCCAGAGAAACUGAUGGGUACUUCAUCAAGAGUGGGAUUGUCACCGUUGUCAAGGAUGCUUUGAUUCCCAGCGGAACUGUCAUCUAGAGAUCUCCCUCACUUAAAUGCAGCAUCCAUAAGGGAAGUGAGGCGUCGGUUUGCUGUUCACUUUUUUGCCUGACUACAUAUGCAGAAAACUAUCCUUCCACUUAUCGUGUAUUGUAUGCGGUGUAUAUUCUGAAAACAGUAAUUUAUCUAAGACAUGAUAAACAAUUCACUGAGAAAUUUUGUAAAAAUUCUUCCGUAGUACAAACAUGCGGCCGGUUCUGCAAAUUACCGUCUU